AAACAUAACCACAAACUAAUGUUGCUGCACACAAUCAAAGCCGCCGGCCCUACACGCUAGCGUACAAUUAAAACCGAAGAAGCGGGUACAAACCAUCAAAGCAACCAUGCAAGAAUGGCAAUCGGCACCAACUUACCGCUCAGCAUUUUUGGCUCAGCGUGCAUAUAGAUAAGAGGUGUGCUUGCUUCCUAUUUAUUGCAUUGUUCCAAACCAUCAACACAAUGACUUUAGAACAUGGCUUCAUCACGCUCGAAGAGCAUUUCAUGACGCCAGAAACGAUUGCAGCUCAUCAAGAUGUAAAUGCGAUCAAGGACUGGCAUCCGGGUGUAGAUCUUUCAUUUGUUGUACUUCCUUCACUAACAGAAAAGUUGGUGGACGUAGGUGAACAAAGAAUAAAAGAUAUGGAUGCCGGUAAUGUGCAAUUGCAAAUCUUAUCUCAUGCUCCCGUUUGUCUGCCAAAUGAACCUUCCACAGAAACCUGCAAGCAAGCAAAUGAGACUGCAUUCAAAGCAAUUCAACAAAAUCCAAGCCGAUUCAAAGGAUUUGCUUGGCUCAAUAUGCGUGAUCAAGAUGCGGCCAUCAAAGAAUUACGUUUACGCAUCUCUCAAGGAUUUUUGGGUGUGUUUUUAGAUGAUCAUACGGCUGAUGGUGAGCGAUAUGACAAUCCCUCUUUUUGGCCGGUCUUUGAAGCUGCAGAGGAAUUGGACGUACCCAUCUAUCUUCAUCCAACGUUUGCACCUUCUCCACACAGUGAAAAAGCCCAACUUGGAUCAUCGAGCAAGCAUGCAGGUCAUUAUCCUCCAGUUGUUGCAGGCAUGCUUUCUAGUGCUGCUUUGAGUUGGCAUUCAGAGACUGCGAUUCAUAUUCUGCGUUUAUUCUCAUCAGGAUUGUUUGAACGCUUUCCCAAGUUGAAGAUCGUUCUGGGACAUGACGGAGAAGGUUUACCAUUCUUUUAUGAUCGAAUCGUAAAGGGUUUGAGAUGGUUCUCGAUCGGACCUGAAGGCGCAAAACAAACCAGAACGUUCGAAACCGUUUGGAAGGAAAACCUUUGGUUUACGACCAGUGGAAUGUUUGGACUUGGUCCGAUCGCAUGUAUGCUUCAAGUGAUUCAUCCUUCAAGAAUAAUGUAUAGUAUCGAUUAUCCAUUUUCAACAACUCAAAGUGGUCAAGAAUUCAUGGAGAAGCUGAAAUCGAGCGGAUUGGUGAAUGAAGAACAGUGGGAAGGAAUAGCAUACAAGAAUGCAAAGACGUUGUUGAAAUUGUAAUGAAUAAUGUUUGAUCUUGUGACACUUUUAGCGUGGCUUGAAUUUCCCCACAGGAACGGUACUGUAUAAUUGUAUUAUUGUAUGCAUGCCUGCAGCUUAAAUUCAACGCGGGGGGG